AUGGGAGAUAUCUCGUUAGACCGUGAAGGAGGCACGGACGAUCGUGGCGACGUCAGUGGGAUUCUGGAUGCCCCAGAGGUGAUCAUCAAUGGCGUCAUAUUUACCAGCAAGUGGUGCCAUAUCUGUAAGGUCUACCGUCCCCCAAGAUGUCGACACUGCUACAGCUGUGAUGUGUGUGCAGAGAUUAUGAGGACAUAUAAACAUGAAAGGAAUCCAUUUGAUAAAGGAAUGUUGGAGAAACUUUACUGUCCUGUUGUUCGGUCACCAGCUAUCGAGUUGCUGGAAGACCUCAAGGUAAAACUCCGUGAAAACGAAGAGGCAUUAUUGGAAAAGACGCAACUUGUGGAUGUGUUGGAGAAAAAGCUUGAUGGAAAUUAUCGGGAGCUAGCGUUGCUGGAAGACCUCAAGGUAAAACUCCGUGAAAACGAAGAGGCAUUAUUGGAAAAGACGCAACUUGUGGAUGUGUUGGAGAAAAAGCUUGAUGGAAAUUAUCGGGAGCUAGCGUUGCUGGAAAAUCUGAAGGAAAAACUCCAUGAAAGCGAAGAGGCAUUAUUAGAAAGGACACAACUUGUGGAUGUGUUGGAGAAAAAGCUUGAUGGGAAGAAUCAGGAGCUAGCGGAGUUAGUUGAAGAUUUGAGCGUCAUUGAGAUUGAAAAUGAAGAACUCAAGAACAAGCUUCUGGCUGAAAAACACGUAAUGAGAACCAAGGUCCGAAAUAUGACGGGAAAGCAUGAGGCAGAUUUUAAAAAACUCAACAGAAAACACAGGAUUCAGCUUCGCAAAAUCCGUGAGAAACAUGCUGAAGAAACAUCACUGAAAGAUCAGUGCUGUGUACAACUUAACAAAGAUCUGCAACUUUUACAAUCUCAUGCCUGUGCACCUCUUGCAGAACAGGCAACUUGUUCUUUAAAUGAUUACACCAAACAGAAGAUUGGGGAACUGGAAGAACAAGUGAGGCUUAUGACGCAAGAGGCUGAAAAAUCAGAGGCCAGGUUCAUUACAAUGGAAGCUCAGUCCAAAUUGAAAAUCAAGAAGUUUGAAGAGGAGCUGGACAAUGUACAGAUUGUACCUUCUCGGCAGGAGCUGCUGGAGCUCAAAGAUAUAGCCGUUGACUUGGAAGAGGAGAACGAACAGUUACACCUGAAAGUGAACUGGCUACAACAUGUCGAGGCACAAAAUGAGGAUCUUCAAGCAAAAUUGGAAGAAUAUGAAGAGCAACACCAGAACAUGCAAGCAGAUUUAGAACAAGCUACCAAGGGACAAACUUCCCAGACAAGUGAAUCUGAAUCUGCAGAGGAACUGCACAGCCGCCUGAUGAAGUGGCGAGAAACGGUUUAUAAGCCAACACCGAGCCAUGACAUCGAUGAGAGGAAUGUCAUGGAAUUAAGGAUGAGGCAACUUGAGGAAGAAAGAGAAGAUUUGAUCUCAGAACUGCAGGAGCUGGAGGAGGAACAGGGGGAUCUUCAGAGACGAGGACAGGAUCAAGGAUGGACAAAGCAGACCACAGCUGGCCAAAAGCUUAGGGAAAAGGAAGAACUGGAAACCCUUCAGCAAACAACACAGCAGGAGCGCAGAGAGCAAGUUCCGUCCUCCUGCAAGAAUGAAUUGGCUGAGCUAAGGCAUGGACCUCUUCUUGUCAGACCAGCACCCAGGGAGCAAACCAUUGAAGUGGAAUCAAUCGAGGAAUGUGAGGAGGCUUUGGAGAUAGACCCCAGUGAACAGGUGGUGGUGGCAUGGAAGGCGAAGAGUCGAGUGAAUUUCUUCAAGCGCUUAUUUACUGCCCGAAAAUGA